AUGGCAGUGAAGAGAGCAGAGGACAGAUCAGACACAGACAAAUCAAUCAGUAGAAGAGAUGACAUCUCACUGCAAGGCACAGUGACUAUCACUGCAGCUGCAAAAGAAGUAGAAGAAGAAGAAGAUAUGAUAAUAAGAGUGAUGCUCUCACAGCUCAUUGACACUGUCAUCUUCAUCUUCAAUCUGGCUUUCUUAGUGAUUAUGGAGGCCACCGCCACAUCACAAAGACAUUUACUCACUAGAAAAUGUCAGAAUAAGUUCUUGAUUGUUCUUCAAGAAUGA